CUCUUCCUUAUUCUGAUACGUAGGAUCUUUCACCCUUUCACCAAUUGCACCCUCCUCCAGUCACUUCCUUUUCCAUGGCCCAAACACUUUCUCCCUCCAUUUAUUACCUACCACUGUCACUAUGAAUGCUCUCUUUUGUUUUUCACCUUCUUCUUUUUUUUUGUGUGUUCAUCUUCAACUUCAUCCAAACCUUUUACACAUCAUAUUUUCGGCUUAGAACAACCAAAAGCAAGUUCACAUUGUCUUGUCUUUUCGGGUAGUGGCUGUAGAGGAACCACUCCUGUUUUGUGCGCAUAUUGAUAUUGGAAUAGUCUUUCUCUGAACCCCAUUUUCGCAAAAAGGAAGAAAGAGAGAGAGAGAGAGAAGAGAUAUACACUGCCAAGAAGAAGAACAUGAAAAUUCAGUGCGAUGUGUGUGAGAAAGCCCCGGCAACCGUGAUUUGCUGCGCAGAUGAGGCAGCUUUGUGUGCCAAAUGUGACGUUGAAGUUCAUGCUGCAAACAAGCUUGCAAGCAAGCACCAGAGGCUUCUCCUUCAAUCUUUAUCUAACAAGCUUCCCAGAUGUGACAUAUGUCAAGAUAAGCCAGCUUUCAUAUUUUGUGUUGAGGACAGAGCACUCUUCUGUAAAGACUGUGAUGAACCUAUUCAUUUAGCCAGUAGCCUUUCUGCAAACCACCAGCGCUUCCUUGCUACUGGUAUCCGGGUGGCUUUGGGUUCUAAUUGCACCAAAGGCAAUGAAAAAGGUCACGUGGAACCAUCUAAACCAAAAGCACAAGAAGUUCCUGCGAAAAUUCCUUCUCAGCAAGUGCCUAGCUUCACAUCCUCUUGGGCAGUUGAUGACUUGUUGGAAUUAACAGACUUUGAAUCACCAGACAAAGUUCAGAAGCAAUCCCUUGAGUUUGGAGAACUUGAAUGGCUAGCAGAUGUAGGCCUUUUUGGUGAACAGUUUCCUCAUGAAGCUUUAGCGGCGGCUGAAGUUCCUCAGCUUCCAAUGACUAGCAGUGUUGGCUCACACAAAGCCCCCAAAUCCUUGUUGUCUUACAAAAAGCCUAGGAUUGAAGUCCUAGAUGAAGAUGAUGAUGAGCACUUCACCGUACCAGAUCUCGGAUAAAGCACAUGGUCAUGUAAACAAUUGCCUGAAUCAGUAGGCAGUAGGUUGACGAGUUGUAUAUGCAUACUAGGUGCAGAUGUUAAUGAACUCUUCAAUGUGCCUGGUCUAGCUGAAGCUCAGGACCAUGAGGACUAUUGCAUGAAUCUGUAGAUUGAUGAGCUGUAUAUGCAUACUUCUCUUAGGACAGUAAGUAAUGAAGUAUGUUAACUAGCUUGUGGAGUUGAUAAAUAUCUCAUUUUAGGAGCUAUGAAUGGUUUGAUUUUUAGAAUAUAGCAUAAAUUAAACCUUAGGGGAUUAAAUUUUCCUUGCUCUUUGUGAUCAUCACUGUUUACAUCCUAUAGGUGCUCACACCACACAACAAUCCACGUGAACUUGAAUGGUUAAUUAUGUAUGCUUGUGUUGAAGAUCA